AUGUAUAUGGACCUGCUAAAAUAUGAUUUUUAUUUAUUAUUUAUUAUUUUCACCCUAGGAUCUUCCUACAGAAGAUAUGGGUGUCGGCCCAAGGGAAAUGGGUUAUCUCUUUGGACAGUAUAGACGCCUCACCGGUCAUUUUCAGGGAAGUUUUACAGGACCGAAGAUAUUCUGGUCAGGUUCCAGUCUUCGAACUGAAGCUACUGUCUACGGACUGGUUUUCUUUGCACGCCUUGCUGAGAUGAAUAAAGAGCUCAAAGGAUUAAGAAUGAAAUCGACCACUCUGAUGCCCUUGCUUUGGUGAACUCUGGUUGCCGUAUAAUAAUGGAAGAUAUGGGAGGAACUGGUGAAAUCUAUUGAAAUUUGAUUUAGCUUUGGUCAAGCGUGAUAUUGUGCUGAGAGUGCUUGUGCUUUGGUCUCACCUUUUUCAGUUCUCAUUGUCAUUUGAUAUAGCUUGCUGUUUUGUCGAAUGAUUGUAGCUAAUAUGUAAGGGUUAAUUGCAUAUACUCUCUGUGGUAUCGUUUUUAAAUUGCAACCCCUGCAGUGUACACUUUUGCAGAUGUGCCCUUGGGUUAAAAUUGUGACUGUUAAAAUUGUGACUGUUUUAAAAUUGUGGUGUUUGCUUCUAUGGUGAAUGAUUGUGGCUUAUAGUAUACUCCAAUAUAUUGGCAUUUGAUGGUU